CUUUUUUUUUAGGGGAAUUUCGUCCAAUACCCCCAUUUCAAGAGCUUUAAUGAAAUAUGCCCACUUCAUUUCAAUAUUUUUUAUUUUACCCUUUUAUUUUUUAAUAUUUCCAAAUUACCCUUUAAAAAUAUUAAAAAAAAAAUUGAAGAUAAAAAAGUAUUCUAUUUUUCCCCUAAUAUGGAGCACGAACAAGAAGAGGAAGAGAGAGUGAGAGAGAAUGGUGAAGUAGCUUGGGACGACCAGAAAGUUGUUCAAUAGGAGGAGUGAGUGGAGGAAGGAAGCAUCCGAGGCUCAUCAAUCAGCUACACCACAUCCUUCUUGAUCUUGGCCUUGGAGUUGCUGCCUUUGGAUGCCUGCUCGCAUCAACCAAAUGGAUUUUUUCUUUCUCUUCAGUCUCAAUACGCCAUUUGGAUCUACCCUAAUUCGCCUCUCUAGGCAUGUUUCAAACCCUUUAUUUAUUUAUUUUUAAUAAAUAAUUCAUCAUGAAUAUGUUAUUUGUGUUAGAUCAUUAUUUUUUGUUAAUGGGUUUGGUUAUUGUAAUUUUCAUUUGAAUGGAUUUUUAUUUAUAUAUUUAUUUUUGGGGAUUGUGGUUACACUUAUUCGUGAUCUUAUUUGGAUGAUUUAAUUUCUGGGUAUUUUGGGAUUUUAAGCCAUUUUUUUCCCUGCGAAGAUAGCUUGUGAAUGCGAUGGAUUCCUAUAAUACUAUGAUAAAUUGGUGAAUACAAAUAUAAAUUAUGGGGUUGACUUUGAAUUGUUUGAGCAUUUUAUUUGUGUGGAUAUGAUGUCAUGUCAUUAAUAAAAAGGAAAAAGACAAAAUCAACGAGAUGGAUAUUUAUGAGCUUCUCCAUUUCUUCUCCUCCCCCCCCCCCCCCCCCCCCCCCCAAUUUAUAACUUAACGAUAAUAAAGAAAGUUGAGCAAUUUUGACAUAGAUUUCUUGUUGAAUCCUUGUUUAGGUUGGAAAUUUUGCUUUUGUUUUUCAUAAUGAUCAAGGAGGAUAAGGACCUCGUGGUUCUUUGAGAACUAAAUUUAGAUCUCAAGGAAAAAUAAAACUUUAAGUAUGCUAGUUUUAAAAUUGCUAGGUGGGGCAUUAACUUAGUUCCUUAUGGAUAAGCUCCAAAUGAAUGUAUUAGCCUGUAAAGAGAUUUAAAUAUGGUGUUUUCUUGAUAUUUAAGAAUCGUAUAUUCUACUUCUAGGCUUAAAUAGAACACUAUUCCAUGUUUUGCUUAUAGUGCAUGAUGGUGCUGACCAAAAUAAGGACAAAAGUAAUGCAUGGAAACAGAUGGGAGAUGGUGCAACAAAAAUAGUAUAGUAAAUGUAUUAUUUAAUAUUUUAUUUUACAUUGCUGUGCUGCCUCUAUUUUCAUCCCAUUCGUUUUGAAGCAAUAAAACUUGUUGUUAAGCCGGUUAGCCAAAAUUAGCAUCCUAUGUGAGUAGGUUGAUUUAUAAACUUUAAAUCUGACUUUCCUGAAUUAUUUCUUCUAAUAAUUAGUUUGGUUUAGGCUAAAACCAAAACCUGGUAGGUUUGGAGACUUAUCUAACUCCUUGCUCCUUUCUCCUUCUCUUUUUCUUCUUCUUCUUCUUCUCACCACUCUUCCCAUUCCUCUACUUCUCACUAACUCUUCCCAUAUAUCCAUCUCACACAAUUAUCUUGAAAGAGAUUGCCCAUGUGUAUGGUUGAUAGAGAAGAAUAUAGGUUUUAUGGUUUAAAGGGGCUCUUGUGUUCUCAAGACUGGAAUCUUUGUUUAUUUCCGCAAAUUAAUAAUUAUAUUUCUACCAGGAUGGGAAAGUACUUUGCUAUGCUCAUCCACAUUUAUGUUUGUGUUGGGAGUUUGUAUUUUUUUCCCUUUAUUUUUGGGUGUUAGCCUUUGUUAUCUCCUUAUGUCAUAAGCAUAAAAACCUUAAAGGCUAAUUUUCUUCGUCUACUAAAUCUCAAUGCAGUUCUACACAUUUCUUGAUACAAGUCUAGUGACUUUGUCAUUACUUCCAAUUUUAUAGCAUUUUUCAGUGAUGGAGAAAUAUCUGGAACUCCUGGGACCCUUGCCACUAGAUUUCUUGCACUUGGUAAUAUCCGAUUUAGCUAUUUUUCCAACUUAACUGGUUGCAUCAUUGGUAGCUGCAAAUACCACAACUAUCGAUUUAAUAAGAGUUUUUCUCAUACUUGCUUAGUUCACCUCAAAGCCAGUUCCACCAUGUAGCUAAAUCUUAAUACUAAACUUACAGUACUAAGAGAAAUAACCUAAAUCUCUCCCCAGGUCACCAAUACAAGUGGGCCUGCAUUACCUAAUAAAAAGUUAACCAAUAUUCAUAUAUUUUGACGUAUGUCAUACCUCUUGGUUUAUGAACAUGGACAACGGUAUAAGGACUGAAGGGGAUUUCACAUUUUCUCUCUCCCUCCCUCUCUCUCUCACAUUUCGAAAAAAUAAAAAUGGCAAGUUUGAGAAGGAUGUUGAUGAUUGUCGAUCGACUUCUAAAAUUGAUGGCCGGGAUCCACCACAGCUCUAUUGCAGCAACAGCAGUUGAGCUUCCUCUUUUGUUCCCAUGGAGACUCUGCUUUGGCCAUUAUUGGGUUGUGUAAAUGCUGGGUUUUAUAAUUUCUAUUCAAACAAUUUCAACUCGCUUGCUAUCGAUCUCUCAGACGAAGAGAGCAAGAGGUGCCUAUUCAUCAAACUACUAUACAGGAGCAGACAACGUGGGUUUCUGGAAUUGGAUUUGGUUCUAAGAAAAUGGGUGGAGGAGCAUAUCCAUUCUAUGGAUGAAAAUGGAAUCAAAGCUCUUUGCCAUGUCCUUGACCUGCAAAAACUACUCGAGCUCCUUUUGAUCUCCUAGAAGCGGAAGCUGAAUCAGUUGCGGGCUAUAAUGUGAAUGCAAUUUUUCCUAUGUCUUUCAUAUGCUUACAAGAGGAGAGGUGAGAGACGCGUUUUCAUAGAGGAAAGGAAAGCAGAGGUGGAGCAGGGAUUUUUUUUUUUUUUUUUCAAUGGAAUUGUAGGAAUGUAAUUAGUAGCCCAAUUGUUGGAUGUGUGAUUUGGUAAAAAAGUCAAUAGUAUUGUGGUAUUGUUUUGUUAAAAAAGUCAUUUGUGGUAUUAUUUUGGUAAAAUAGUAUUGUGUGUUAAGUAUUUUAUAUGUUAUUUACAGUUAUAGAGAUGGUAUUCGAUAAUCAUGAUAAUACGAUAUUAAUGUAUUUAUGGAA